AGCUCCGUUUGAACCAGAGUCCCGCCGCAGAGAGUGUCAGGUUUCCUUUAGCAGUGAAGCUAAGCUAGUCCUCCAUCAUUAUUAUCAUCAGCGGAGAGUUCUGGCAAACUGACCCGCUCCUGGUUCACACGUCAGCGGGCUUUUAUGGACCAAUACCGCUGUGUUUACACGGUUAUUGUGUCCGACGUUUCGGCUCGAUUUGUACUUGUUUCUUUCUGGAUACUAAAGUAAAAGUGAGGCGCUGAUCAUGGCAGACGGAGCGGACAGCGGUCCAGUCAACACCGCGAAGAGGAAACAAGCAGCGGGCAGGAAGAGCCGGCAGAGCCUGCACCGGAGGACCAGCAGCCGGGUGAGUCUGGAGAAAGUUUUGGGUAUCAGCACGGCCAGCAGCAGCAGUUUGACCUCUGACCCCAAAUCUGGGCUCGUCGCCUACCCUGCAGGGUGUGUCAUCGUGCUACUUCAUCCGAAGACAAACAAACAGAGUCACAUCAUUAACACGUCCAGAAAACCCUUCAGUGCUCUGGCCUUCUCCCAUGAUGGAAAACACCUGGUCACUGGUGAGAGCGGUCACAUGCCCUGUGUGCGGGUGUGGGAGGUGGACGGAGGUCAGGUCGCCGAGGUUCAGUCUCAUAAAUACGGAGUUUCCUGCGUGGCGUUCUCCACCAACAGCUGCUACAUCGUCUCUGUGGGAUACCAACAUGACAUGACUGUCAGUGUGUGGGACUGGAGGAAAGGGUCGAUCAUUGCCUCCAACAAAGUGUCCAGCAGAGUGUUGGCCGUCUCUUUCUCUCAGGACAACAGCUACUUCGUCACUGCAGGAAACAGACACGUCAAGUUCUGGUACCUGGACGCCUCGAAAGAACGACGGGUGAACAGCACGGUGCCUCUGAUUGGUCGGUCAGGGUUGCUAGGCGACCAUAAGAACAGCGUUUUCAGCGGGGUGGCGUGUGGGCGUGGCCUCAUGACGUCCAGCACCUACUGCAUCACCUGCUCCGGUCUGCUGUGUCUGUUCAACAGCAGCCGGCAGCUGGAGGCCUGGGUCAACCUCAAGACGUCGUCAGCGAGCUGUCUGGCGCUCAGCGAGGACUUUAUCUUCUGUGGUUGUGCUGAUGGGGCCAUCAGAGUGUUCAGUCCAUCCAACCUGCAGUACAUCAGCACUCUGCAGCGCCCGCACCGCCUGGGAGUCGACCUCACCCAGAGCGUACAGCACGGUCCAGGUGCUCAGUACCCCGACACGUUGGCCGUGACCUUUGACCCUGCCGCCAGACACCUGACCUGCGUGUACAACGACCACAGUGUGUAUGUGUGGGACGUUAAAGAUGUGAGGAACGUGGGGAAGCUGUACUCUGCUCUGUACCACAGCAGCUGUGUGUGGAGCAUCGAAGUGUAUCCGGAGCUGUCCGAUGCGUCUCAGGCCUGUCUGCCUCCGUCCUCCUUCCUCACCUGCUCAUCUGAUAACACUGUCAGACUGUGGAACACCAACCCCCCCACCGCACACAGAAACCUCUACAGCAACGACCUGCUGAGGAUUCUGUACGUGGGGGAGAACACGCAGCACCUGCAGGCCGAGGGGGAGAGGGGGGAGGCAGCAGGGGCUGAUGGGAAGGCUGGCAUCAGAGUGCUGGCUAUCAGUCCUGAUGGACAACACCUGGCAGCUGGAGACCGCUGUGGAAACCUGCGAGUCUUUGCUCUGGAGUUUCUGGACGAGCUGGUGAAGAUCGAGGCUCAUGACUCGGAGGUGUUGUGUCUGGAGUUCUCCCCGACCUCCACAGGUGUGAAGCUGUUGGCGUCGGCCAGCAGGGAUCGACUGAUCCACGUCUUCAACCUGGAGAAGAACUACAGCCUGGAGCAGACUCUGAGCGACCACUCGGCCUCCAUCACUGCCGUCAAGUUCACCGGUGAGAGUCCAGAGGUCCGCAUGGUGAGCUGCGGAGCCGACAAAAGCAUCUACUUCCAGACAGCCGAGCAGACGGCCGGGGGUCCGUUGUUCUCCAGGAGUCACCACGUGGUGGAGAAGACGACGCUGUACGACAUGGACCUGGACUCCUCCAGGACACACGUCGUCAUCGCCUGUCAGGACCGUAACGUCAGGGUGUACAACGUGGAAACUGGGAAGCUGAAAAAGUGUUUGAAAGGCUCGUCCAGCGAUGAAGGAGCGCUGCUGAAGGUUCAGAUGGAUCCGUCGGGGUCGUUCUUCGCCACCAGCUGCUCCGAUAAAAACAUCACCGUCUUUGACUACGAGUCAGGAGAGUGUGUAGCCACCCUGUUCGGACACUCCGAGAUCAUCACCUGUAUGAGGUUCAGUCAGGACUGCAGACACCUGAUCACUGUGUCCGGAGACAGUUGUGUGUUUGUGUGGAGGCUGGACUCUCAGAUGACCAGCACCAUGAAGAAGAGGCGGGGCCUCGAACUGACCGCUGCCCCUGAAGCCUGCAGGCAGCUAAACAUCAGGAGGGAGACCUUCAUCACCGGACCCUCUCAGCUGCCUUACAUGGAGGAAGAGGAGGAGGAGGAGGAAGAGGAGGACCGCGGGACUGCAGCCAGACUGGACUGUGCUCAUGGUGCGCAGCUGCUUCAGACCAACGGGAAACUUCCCCUGUGGCUCAGAAAACUGCAGGGUCAGGGCGGGGCCUCGUCUGCCGUCCAAUCAGCCGCUGAGCCCCGUCAGGUGCGGAGUCGGUGGGCAGAGCAGCUGGACCCUCUCACCAUCUGUUCCAACUUCUCCCCGAGUCCCACCCAGAGUCCGGAGGAGGGGGGGGGGAGAGAGGAGGAGGAGGAGGAGGAGGAGGGAGACUUCCACCCUCAGAGUCUGGAGAGUCUGCUGGAGGGGGAGGAGGAGACUCCAGGUGAGAGGCGCAGCUACCUCCUCGACACCAACAUCACUGAUGUGGAGUUUGAUGUGGAGGGUGUGACUCGCCUGUCUCCCACCCAGCUGGAGGUCAAAGGUCAAAGGGCGGAGCCAGUGUGGAGCACGCAGCUGAGUCCGGACUCCGCCUGCUACGAAGGCUCCGCAGGUCUGGAGCAGCAGGAUGCCGACACAGACUCUCUCAGUCAGGGAAGCUCUGUGGGCAGUUUAGUUCUGGACGACGACGAGGACAGUAACUCCCUGAAGAACCACUUUGACACUCUGGCUUCCAGUCUGCCCGACGAGAAGUUCGACACAGACCUGAGGACUCUGCAGCCUCUGGAGGAAAUACACUUCCUGAACCCUCGACUCAGCAUCUCCACCCGCUUCCUGUCUCGGUUCCAGGACAGAAUCGGGGCGUUGCCGGGCCGACCUCCUGUCGCAAUCCCGACCAGAAUCUCAGAGGAGAGCAACGUCAGCAACACAUCGGUGAACUCUGAGACGAGCAGCGAGGUCGCCUCAACUGAAGCGACUCAGAAAGAAAACGGCAGCGUCCUUCGGCGUAGAGCUUCCUGUAUGAUUUCACAUCAGCCCCUUCGCCACAAAGCACGACGACGACACACUGUGGUGGUCGUCCAAUGCAGAGAAAGGCUGCGAGACAUCACCUCCAGGACUCACAACACCAGCGUGGGGUCUGCAGUCCAGCAGGGGGCACCUCGGCUCGGAUACCUGGGAACCACAGCCAGCUCUAGGGCCAAAAAUAGCCAAGAAGCCUCCUCCGCCCAGGAGGAUGAGGAGAACCUGUCGUCCUCCUCAGACCUCCAGCCUGCUGCCCCCCUGCUGUCUGCUGGUCUGGACCUUUACAGCACCAAACUGGACCCCGAUCAGGACCAGACCAGCAGUGUCGCGCUGUCGUCUCUGAAGUCUCAGCAUCACGUACCUGCAGCGGCGAGCCCGCCGGUGUUGGCCACGCCCCCCGGGGGUGGAGUCGGGAGGUGGAGCGUCAGCAGCGACAAGGAGACACCGACGAAUAAAACCCUCAUCCUCAGCCCCGCACUCUCCAUCACCCCCACCGCCUCUGACGCCAUUAGGCAGGAGGCGGUGCCAGGUGAGACCAGGACCCAGACUGAUCCAGAAUCCUCGAAUCCGUCGUUCUCCUAUGAGCCGCCCGCCUCUUCCUCCUCUCCUCUACCCCCUCAGACAGGCGAUGCCGAAGAGUCGCUCAGCCUGCAGCGGUGUCAGCAGGUCGCCAACGAGCUGAGACAGACGGCGAGACGAGCCGUGCUCCUCUACCAGCAGCUCGGCGUGUCGGGAGGGGGUGCAGAGCGGCGUCUUCAGAUGUCGUCUGUCCUGCAGGGUGCAUUUGAUGUCGUUCACUCCGAGCUGCAGGCGGUGCUGCGGGGAGGGGACGGGCGGGGUGCGCUGGAGGACGAGGGGACGAUGUCUCUACUGGAGAAAUACUCCGAGCUGCUGGUCCAGAUGACCCGGAACAAACUGAACCGGGUCUGAACCAGGACCCGAUCGUACGGAGGCUGAAAGAGGACAAAAUUCACUUCGACAUCAGUAUUAAAUCUAACGCACCUUGUUUGUUUUUAUGGAAGCAAAAUGUUUUUUGUGUUUUAAAUCACGACGUUUGUACAUAAAGUGUAGUUUGAUAUGUUUCUUAAUAAUAAAUGCUCAAAGUGUCA